UAUCUCUCUCUCUCUCUAUCUAUCUAUCUAUCCAUCUAUCCGUCUAUCUAUCUCUAUCUUUCUAUUUCUUUCUUUCCUGCUAAUUGAGACAAGUUAAGCCACUCGUUAAAUCGAGCGUGUGAGAAAGAGGGCGCAGGUCUUCUAAAGAGUAAAAAUUUGAAAACAAUACCAAAUAAAAACAAGAAAAAGAAAAGCAAGAAAAACAAGAAAAAAAAAGAAAAGUAAAUCUCUUUGAAAACAACCGAACUUUAACUAAACAGUAAGAAAAAUGGGCAAAAAAGACAAAAAAGAUAAAGAGGCGGAACCAGCACCAGCAGCCGAUGCUCCACCAGCAGGCGAUGCCCCACCAGCCGGUGAGGGCGGUGAUGGUGAGAUUGUUGGCGGACCCCGAAAUCCUCAACAAAUCGCGGCACAAAAGCGUUUACAGCAAACUCAAGCACAAGUCGAUGAGGUAGUGGAUAUAAUGCGAACAAAUGUAGAAAAAGUGCUUGAACGCGAUCAGAAACUGUCCGAGUUAGAUGAUCGAGCCGAUGCUUUGCAACAGGGUGCUUCGCAAUUUGAACAGCAAGCUGGUAAAUUGAAACGAAAAUUCUGGUUGCAAAACUUAAAAAUGAUGAUUAUUAUGGGCGUUAUUGGACUGGUUGUUGUAGGCCUUAUUGCAAAUAAACUUGGCCUAAUAGGUGGCGAACCGCAGCCUCAAUAUCCACAAUAUGCAUACAUGCCACCACCACAACAGCCACCUCCACAACAGUCUACUGCGGGAACAGGUAAUACCGGUGGCACAUCACCAUUGGUCGAUGAUGGUCAGCAAGGCGAAAAACAAUCCCAAAAAGUAUAAAAAGCUAUUAUCGUCAAUAAUUAUUGAUUUCCAAUAUGAGAGAAAACGAAAUUGCUUAAGAAAAUUUACUUUUUUUUUUUUGUUUUGCAAAUACGAAAAUAAAACAUACAAUAAAUAAACCUAUACAACAUUUACAUGCAUUCAUACAGACAUAAAUCAUUAAACGUUAAACUAGAAGAGACGAAACGCA